AUGCCAUUGCUUUCAACACAAAUAUCUACACAGAAUGAGUUGCCUGACAAGGAUUCACGUCAGGCGCCUACUUCAACUGAAGAUCCCAAGGUUGCUGAAGUUUCAAACGAAGAUGCGAUUGGUAAAAAUGCUCUACGAGACGUCUCUGAUGUGACUUCAGAUAAAGAUAAGUCAGAGUUCGAAGUGUGCACUGUUGAAGAUCCGGAUUCCGACGGUGACGAAUUUCUCGAUUCGAUUACAGUGUAUGUGUAG